AUUUCAUCAUGGCCGCCGUUUGUUUUGGAUGAUUUUUUGUCGGAAAAAACACUGCAAUCCAACUCUUUAUCGGUAGUUAUCUUCCUCAAAAGGUGGUGUUUGUCAAUCUUCUGAGGUAAAGAUGGAGUCUUCAAGUGGUGGGAGUAACAUCCCAAAAAUUAUGACCUUCCGGCCGUCUAUGGAAGAAUUCAGUGACUUUGUGGGCUAUAUCAAGUAUAUGGAGUCUCAAGGGGCUCAUAAAGCUGGUAUUGCGAGAAUUAUCCCUCCAAAAGAGUGGAUUCCACGGAAGAAUGGCUAUGAUGAUGUUGAUGUGAUGAUUCCUGCUCCCAUCUCACAAGUUGUAACUGGGUGCCAGGGUCUGUAUCAGCAGUAUAAUAUACAGAAGAAGCCAAUGCAGUGCAAGGAGUUUGAGAAGUUAGCGAACAGUGACAGAUACAGGACUCCAAUCCAUCGUGAUUACGAAGAAUUGGAGAGGAAGUAUUGGAAAAACAUCUCAUUCAACUCGGCGAUCUAUGGAGCAGACAUUUCUGGCACUCUGACUGAUCCUGACCAAAAUAUCUGGAAUAUCAAUAAACUAGGCACAAUUCUUGAUACAGUUGGGAAUGACUACGGCAUCACCAUUGAAGGAGUGAAUACUGCUUAUCUGUACUUUGGCAUGUGGAAGACAUCUUUUGCAUGGCACACUGAAGACAUGGAUCUCUACAGCAUCAACUAUCUUCAUUUUGGUGCCGCCAAGUCCUGGUAUGCCAUACCACCUGAACAUGGCAAGAGAUUGGAACGACUAGCAAAUGGUUUCUUCCCCAGCAGUGCACAAGGCUGUCAAGCUUUCCUGAGGCAUAAAAUGACUGUCAUAUCCCCGCAUAUUUUGAAGCAGUAUUCAAUUCCAUACGAUAAGAUCACUCAGGAAAAGGGUCAUUUCAUGAUCACAUUUCCCUUUGGUUACCAUGCUGGUUAUAACAAUGGAUUCAACUGUGCCGAGUCCACCAACUUUGCCACUGAGCGAUGGAUUGAAUAUGGCAAGAGAUGUUCAUUGUGUACUUGCCGUAAAGAUAUGGUAAAGAUCAGUAUGGACUGCUUUAUAAAGAAGUUCCAACCAGAGCGAUAUGACUUGUGGAAGGCUGGCAAAGAUUUGGGUCCCCAUCCUGAGGAUGACCAAGGACGACUGUACCACAAGGCUGAAAAGAUGGAAAAGGUCAAUGCUGAAAGGAUUGUUGAAUUAAAGAAGAUGAAGGAAGCUAACAUGGCUGCCAUCGUCUCAACAAAGCGCAAUCCUCCGGCAGACGACAUUGUAAAGAAGAAGAAGAUCAAGAAAGUGAAACAAGAGGGAGAGGAAUUUGAGGUUGGAACAGACGGUGAGAAGAAACCAAAGAAGAAGAAGAAAUUGGAAGGCGCAGAAGGGCAAGCAACUGACGUUGUUGGUGAUGGGGAGCAAAGGAAGAAGAAGAAGAAAAAGAAGAAGUCAAGAGAUGAGGAGCAGCAAGGAAUUGAAGGUGAACUUGGAAAGGAGGGAGGUGAAGAUGGUGCAAAGAAGGAGAAGAAGAAAAAGAAGAAGAAAAAAGAAGAGAGGGCUAUUUUCCUCAGCAGCCCGAUUGACUUUGGUAAUGCCAGUGAGAGAGGAACUCCGAGAGAACCUACUGCUGCAGAGAUCUCAAUGAUGCUCACUAAGCCCAAGGUGGAGGAAAAAGAUAAAACAAAGUCCUUCCAGGAUGCAUUCACAAAACAUCUUAGUGAGAGAAACUAUGAAUCGCAGUCAGAUGAAGGUGAACCACCUGAUGUUGAUGUAAAGAAAGAACUCUCUCCAAAGCGUUCUCUAAGUGAAUCUGAUAAGAAUAGUCAGGGUGCUGGAGAGCCUUCAGCAAAGCAACUGAAGUUUCAGUAUGAUCGCAAACUCUCAGAGACCAUCAGCCAGUUGCAGCAACAUCUUGUUUCUGGUCGGAAAGUUAGUCCACCAACAGUGAAGGAGGAAAAUGUUAGCGAAGCAGCUUCUGUAUCAUCCCACCCACAAACAGUGCAAGGGAAUAUGCAAACAUCCGAUCAUGGCCCUGGUGAAAAGGUAACGAUGCACAAAAAACCAGCUCCACAAUUCGUGACCACAACUACAGCCACCGUUGAUUUGAGUGUUUUCGGUCAGAAAAAAAGUGUGCCUGAUGGGAGUGUUAAUCUGCAGACCAUACCUGUGAAGCAAGAAGGACCAUGCACUUCAGGAAGUGAUCAAACACGGAAGGGUCCAGUACAAGGAAGCAGUGAGGCUGCUAUUGAGUUUCUCUAUCGGCAGCGGCAGCACUUACAACAUAUGAAAAAACUGAAAAUGUCUGCAACUCGACCACUGGCUAAAAGUUCUAAUGGUGCUUCAGUUCCAAUAAAGCCAGCCUCUGUGAAUACACACGUUAUUCAGGGACAUCCAGGAGCAAACAUUUUACAGUUCAGAAGCGUGCAGCCUGCUGGCGCUCAAACACACUCACAAAACAGACCCUCGUCCACUAAGGCAGGAACUGUCAAGCAGACCCUUCAAAAACGAAAGGUGCAACAAAUUGUCUAUACUGGCCAGGUGCCAGGACAGAUGAGAAAUGUUGCCUAUACUCAAGUCCAAUCUCCAGUGACUCCUAUGAUUCAGCAGGAUGGUACUUCACAACUGAUUGAUCAGUUACAAGUGCAGGGUGUACGGCCCAUUCUACCACAGCCAUCAGUACAGAAUGAUGGGAAAGGGCACGUGUUGCCUGGCACAUCAAAGACUAUUCUUCAAUCACAUCCUGGGUUACCCUCUCACCAAAAGGCUAUGCCAAGUUCGAAUAAAACUGUUAUUCUCUCAGGGAAUCAACCACAUGUGACUGUGAGCCACAGUCAGCAGCCAGGGAGGGAGCUAUCUGUAUCUUCCAGUGUGAUUCCAUCUUCUCAAAUGGCAGCUCAAGGAACAAGCUUUUCAGAUGUAACUGAUUCUAGUACUACCAGCAGUGCGACAUCUAGGCCACCUUCAUCUGAUAUCGUUAUGUCUCAAGGAGCAAUGCAAAAAAGAAUUGUCUCAUCAGGAAUUCCUCAAUCUGUGCAGCUGACCUCGCCACUCGCACUGGCACAGGCUAGUUCUAUUGCAGUGCCAUCCCAACGACAACCAACCGUUGUGACACGAUGUAGUACUGAUAACUUGCCAGCACAGUUGCAGCAGGUAACUACGACAGGAGUUCGUGCUAAUGUGUUGCCAGCCCAGCUACAACAACAGUUACCUAAAACAUUGCCAUCCAAGCAACAACAGCAGUUUUGUAAAGUAUUACCAGCCCAACACCAGCAGAUUGCUGCAGCCAGAGUCCAGGAUAAAAUUUGGCCAGCCCAGCAACAACAGCUAUUAGCUGCAACAUCGUCAGCCCAGCAACAACGGCUUGCUGCAGCAGGAGUUCUGGCCAAUAUAGCCCAUCAACCACAACACUUUGUUGUGGGAGUGCCAUCCACACAACGGCUGAUAAGUGCAACAGGAAGUAGUGCGAAGACAUCACAAGCAUGUCAACAGCAAUUUUCUGUAGCCUUGCCAGCUCAGCAGCAACAACAGGUCGCUGUCGAAGGAAUCAGUGCUAGUAUAUUGCCAGCCCAGAAACCACAACUUCUUGCAGUCCAACCAAGUUCUUCGCAUGCCAAUGUCAUCAAAGUGGUACAAAAUCCUGAUGUCAAUACAUCUUCAGGACAACAAACAAUCCUGGCCGGUCAGGUUUCAGAAAAACAGAAAGCUAAAGAACAAUUCAAACAGCAGCAGCAUGUACAGAAACAGUUAGAAUUCCUUUUAAAAUCUGGUAUAGGUAUACCCGGGCAGGUUGACUCACAGUCAUUAGCCAAUGCUUUGUCUCAAGGUGUUUAUGCAAAGAGUCCACCGCGAAGUCGCAGCCCUGCAUCAGGGAGUGUUAGUCCACGUGCAUCACUUCUAGGCAUCUCAGGAUCAGGAAUGACUUCUCCAGUACAAAGUUCUCAACAGAUCACAUUGCCAGUUGCAUCUACUGUAAGAUCAUCAUCAAAUUCAGGAUCAAGAUUAGCAUCUCUGACACAAAGUCAGCCUCUGAAUUCCUCACCAGUUCCGUGUACGUGUGAUGAUGAUUCACCACCACUGCUGUCUCCUCCUCAUCCAUUGCCACAACAACCUGAAAGAAAUGUAGGCUCAGGAUCUCCCGGCCGAUUGUUAUCACCUCCCCCUCUCCAAGGAAUCGACGAUACGACAGCAUCUGUACUUGAUGCCAUCCCACCAAUCCUGUCGCCGCGACGAAGUCCAGUAAACCCAGGUCUCCACGAGUAUUCCAUACCACCUGUAUUGGAGAGAAAUACCUAUCGACCACAAAAGUUGGCAGAUAAUGCCAGUGCACCACCCGUGUUGGAAAAAACUCUUCCUUUCCCCUCGGUUCCUGAGAAUAACAUGGACUUGCAGUCAUUUGACUUUGAAAAUUUUGCCAACCCUCCUUACUUGGAAUCUUAUGUGACUAGUGAUAACAUAACUACAACAAUUUCACAGGCCAAUGUUAUUCCUUUUCCAUUGUUUGAAGAAAAUUCAUCGCCAUCAACAAGUUCCAUUAGUUCUGCCUGCCAGCCUCCAGAAGUAUUGCCGUUACCAGCCUCUAGUUCCUUGCCGGUCAGGUCAUCUAACAUUGCAGCGCCUUCUGAUGACAGCAAAAAAAGUGACCAUACAGGAAUGAGUGCCCCGCCCCCACCAGUGCCCAGCAUAGAACAGAAUAAGAUCAAGAAAGUCCAAGCUGAAACCAUGCCCACUGCCUCCAAUUCAGAAGAUGCAAUGCAAUUGCUGAAGUUUGGAUGUGACCAGGUUCCACCAUACCAUGAUUAUGCCCUGAAGCCAGAUGCCAUGAAGAAGAAGAAACCUGACAAACACAAACAUGUUGACCAACCCAGACUGUCGGGGAAACACAAAAACACUGACCAGUCGAGCCAGUCGGAAAUAUUUAAAGCAGACGACAAACCAAAGGAGAAGCAGAAGAAAACGUCCAUGUCGAGGCGGCUUCCACUUGCUGAACCCCCCAAGUCACCAUGUCCUGUGGCAAAACAGGAGUCCACUGAAGAAGAAAUCAAUUUGGAGAGCCUGAAAGCCAACAUGGAACCCUGGGCGAGGCGUCUGGGGAGGCUUUGGCAGCUGGCACGACCUGACUUUGAGGCAGAACAGGAGUACAACACCCUGUCCUCUCUUCGCGAGCCCCACUGUGCUGUCUGCUCAUUGUUUCAGCAGCAAGUGUCAAAAGAAGAUGGAGGGACACCACCAAGAAGUUCUGGUGUGCCGCAGAAGUCCACACCAUUGAUCCCUGAGCUUUGUUUUGCAUCAAGCUCACAUAACCCAACCCCACUGGUGAUGAAUACAGCCCUGGACGAGGAUGGGGAGAGCAUAUUACUCGUCUGCAAGAAUUGUCGGGUCUGCGUACAUUCGAGUUGUUAUGGUGCUGAUGUGAUGGAGUUUACAGAUUCUUGGCUCUGCUCGAGAUGUGAGGAGGAUCAUGUUGACGCGUUAUUGCCAACCACAGCUUUUGAUAAACUGGAGGCGAAGGCUUGCUGUUUGUGUAGUUUACGAGGUGGAGCGCUGAAGCCUACCACGAAGGGUGCAUGGGUACAUGUCAUCUGUGCUCUCAGUAUACCUGAUGCAAUGUUUGAGAACGUCGCCAACAGGACACCUGUCAACAUCGAAAACCUUUCACAGGCGAGGAUGAAACUGCGGUGUAUCUACUGUUACCAGUUGAUGAAACGGACAAACCGAAUCGGUGCCUGUGUCCAGUGUUCAAGCGGGAAGUGCACCACAUCGUUUCAUGUAACCUGCGCCCAUGCUGCUGGCGUUGACUUCGACACAAGUGAUUGGCCCUUCCCAGUAUUCAUCACUUGCAACAAACAUAUCAGCUCUAAAGACGGGCCUUCUCAGCGUCGUCUGCCUCCAAUAAAAGUACGUGACAAGGUGAUUGCCAAGCACAAGAACGGUCGAUACUAUAAGUGUACUGUUCGGGACAGUAAAGUACAGACAUUCUAUGAGGUGGACUUUGAUGAUGGUUCAUACAGUGACAACCUUUUCCCAGAGGAUAUACAGAAUCGUAACUGCUUAUUACUCGGGCCUCCAGCACCGAACCGGCCUGUCAAAGUGCUGUGGACAGAUGGCAGCAUCUACAGUGGCAAGUUCAAAGGAACAAAUCAACUCAUGAUGUACUUGGUUGAGUUUGAGGAUGGUUCAGAACUGCAAAUCAAAAGAGACGACAUUUGGACGCAUGAUGAAGCGCUGCCGAAGAAGGUCAAGAAUAAGCUGGCGUAGGAGUUGAUUCGAUUCUUCUAGAGUCAACUGCAACGGCACGGAAGCAUAACAUAUUCUACAGCUCCCCGAAGGUGGCCGGCAAAAGGAAAAAGAUCGCAAACACUAAAUAUCAGGAUCAUGUUACAAAGUUGUAAAUAGAGACAUUCGUAUACUGAUAGUUGGAUAGGUAAAAUAGGAAUGGGAUUGUGCAAGUAUCAGACUUAUGAUACAAUGAAUAUCUUGAAUUGCUUAGAUAAGAACAGACAUACAAAGUAGUUUAGAUAUAUCAGCAGAAGGUUGCUUUGGGAAACCUUAACACCAUACAGUACAGGUAUUAAUACCACCAAUGCUAUUUGAUGCAUUACCAUUUAUGAUUGGUUGAGGUAUGGCAGCUUUCUGGUACUUGUCCUGGGUGGUGUUAAUCAGUCAACAACAUACAUAAAAUUGAAUACUUAAAGGAAUUUAUUUGUUCAGAGAUUGUAGACAGUUUCAGUGUAGAUAUCGAUGUGAAUAUUUCUAGCUUCCAUUAUUCUUGCUUCCUGGUGUUGUGUUUUAUAAAUGUUUGUAGUUUGAUCGUGCUACCGUCUUGUAUCAAGUUUAGACGGAUUUCUAUUUGAGAGACAUUCUGACCUGUUUGAUAAACUGCAGCGUUGGGUGGUACAAUUAUUACCCGUAUUUUCUUUAAUGUGGUUUCUACACUGUUGGGGCUAUAAGUUUUACCACCUAACCUUUAUACCUCGUUAAAUCAUGUUGAACAGAGCAGAACACUACUUUUCCCACCUUGUUGAAUUAAGAUUUAAGUUAACUGACAUGACCCCAAGAUUGCUCCUCUGACGUGAAAUUGGACUUCUCAGUCUGUCCGGUGAUCUCGUGACUUCCUAGGUGACACCACCUGUAUAGUAAUAAGGGAGGACUUGUGCCCCAUCGAGAAAGUCAUGACAACCCCUGACUGUUUUUACAGUGAAAGGAUUUCGAUGGGUUUCAAAUUUUGUCCUUUGGGCCGCAUGAAUUUUUUGUCAUAUCUUGGUUUAUAGAAUUAGAAAGCACAUUUAGGUAUUCAAGGUGACUGCUUUUUUCAGCUGAUGACACCUCAUGAAAUAAGUGUUGGGGCUUGUAGGUAUUGUGCAUACAACAAAAGAUUUACUCUGCACUCUUAUUAUGUGAGGUGAUGAUAUGAAUUGUAAAUAUGGCCUUCAAAAUGAGUACGGUACUAUUUGUCUGAUGUUACACCUGUCUUCUGUAAAAAAAUUGAAUUUAUUUUUGUACUCGAGAACUUUUCAUGUGUUGUGUGACGAUAAAGUACAUGUAUUUGAUAACAUUUGGAAAUUGAAAGUAGUCCCAUUUCGGUAUUGGACUUGUUUAGAAAUUGGGUGGAAAUAGUCCUGAUAUUGAAUGUAGUUUGUAGGAACAUACGAUACAGUUUUAUUGUAUGCUUAUGCUAGUAUUGAAUGGAAAUAUCCAAGAGAUAUUGUUCUAUGAAUUAUAUUUGUAGACAUUGCAAUGGUUUCUUUGAUCUUUUGGCAUUUGUGUGGCUUCUUCCCCAGUAGAAGAUGGUUUGUUGUGCUGGUACAGACGAUAAGUGUACAUGUAGACCCAAUUUAAAGGUAGGCUUAACGUAUUGCAACAUAUUUAUCCAAGCUCACUUACCUUUUUCUGUAGACUUUGCCAUAUGCUGUGGGAUGAUUUUCAAUAAUGCUUCAAUGUGGUUUUCAAAGCCUAUAGGGAAAUACAUAUUCAUGUAUUUGCUCUUUCCUCACAGCUUGGUGGUAUCAAAAACGUUAGUACGGUUAGAGAUUGACACUCUGAGAGUAACUCUCCUUGACCAAUGACAGCAGAAAGGAUUCAAACAGAAAUAGAGGCAAGCAAAUGCUGGCCAUCUAUCAAGUAUGCGAUCUGGUCUUUCGAGAAUGCUGACAUUAAUGGAAACGCCCCUUGUGCUAGUAUUUCCGUUUGAAGACAUCUUGCUGUGAGUUGCCUCCAGAAUGAUGAAUACUAUAGGUUGAGCACUUAUUUGAUUUGCCAUUUCCAGUUCUAUGAAAAUUGGCAGGUGACAUAAUGUUUUUACUUACAAACAUCUGACUUUGUACAUACAAGUAUCUAUUAAUUUACAAGUACUCUAUUCAUGAUUUUUGAGCAGUAAGUAUUUUCAGGGUUUCACCUUCCCUCCUGGUUUUCCCGUUUUGUAUAUAAAAUCAUGUAUUUAUACCUACUGGCAAUGACAUAGUCAUCUAAACAGUUUCUGUUGUGUUGUACAGAGUUAAUGUGUACUUGCAAUAAUUUAUGUCUGAUGGUAAUAAAGAGUUCAAUCUUAAG